AAAUUGCGAGGCUGUCAGACUCUCUUGGUCUCCUCCUCCUCCUCCCCCUUCUCCUUAUAAGCUUAUUUUUGCAGCUGCAGCUUCUAUGCUUCGUCUCAUUCUCCUCACAUCAGCCAUCUCUUUUAGCCACACGCCUUCACUGCCCGCUCUGUUGUUCUCUUCCUCACAGCUCCACACACUUCCAAGAACUCCCCAUCCCCUCCCUUCUCUUGUCUCGUCUUACAUCAUCGUCUCCCAUAGCCAUGGUUUUUAGCUUCUCGUUCUCGUGAACUCUUUGUCGGGUCCUUUUCCUCGACGACACGGAGACGGAUUAGGCUGCGAAGCUUUCCGGCACAGGAGCUUGUUGGUUUGGUUCAAUAAUGGAUAGUGAUGGGGUCAGUUCCUUCUUGAGGAAUAGAAAAUUGGAGAGCUUUUUCAGCGCAGGCCCUGCCCAAGACUCGGUCGAGCCUUCGACCAAAAUAACGGUCAGUAAAAAUGAAUCCGAAAGUAAGAUGGGAGCCGAGAGUUCGUACGUGGAUGACGAUGGGUGGAUCCCCGUGUUGAUAUCGUGGGUGAGGAUCGUCAUGUGUUUUGUGUCAAUGAUGUUCACGACCUUCAUAUGGGCCGUGAUCAUGGUGGUUCUGAUCCCCUGGCCUUGCCAGAGGAUUAAACAGGGCAACAUUUACGGGCAUGUCACAGGUAGAAUGCUGAUGUGGAUCUUAGGGAAUCCUAUAAAGAUUGAAGGUACAGAGUAUGCUAACGAGAGAGCCAUUUAUAUCAGCAAUCACGCAUCGCCCAUUGAUAUUUUUCUUAUGAUGUGGUUGACCCCGACUGGCACUGUUGGUAUAGCAAAGAAAGAGAUCAUCUGGUACCCUCUUUUUGGGCAACUCUACGUGUUGGCUAGCCACCUCCGUAUAGACCGCUCAAACCCAACUGCAGCUGUUGAAUCUAUGAAGGAGGCAGCCCGAACUGUCGUUAAAAACAACCUGUCUUUGAUCAUUUUCCCGGAGGGCACCCGGUCUAAAAAUGGGCGGCUCCUCCCUUUCAAAAAGGGCUUCGUUCACUUGGCACUUCAAACUCGGCGGCCGAUUGUCCCCAUGGUGUUGACCGGAACCCACUUGGCUUGGAGAAAGGGCAGCUUACACGUCCGACCCGCACCUCUCACUGUAAAGUACCUUCCACCGAUAAGAACUGACGACUGGACAGCCGACCGGAUCGACGACUAUGUAAGGAUGGUCCAUGACGUAUACGUUAAACACCUGCCAGAGUCUCAGAGGCCUCUAGGGCUAGGGAAUUCGGGAAAUAGUUCAAAUUCAUAGAGAGCGUCUCAUACGUCGAUGUAAUAGUAAUACUCUGAUCGACCGUGUAACAUAUUAGACUAGGGGAGGAAGUUCUGUAUUAACCGCUACAAUAAACACGGAGAGGAAAUUCAGAAAUCAAUUGCAGUAAGCUCGGUCGAGUAUCGCCGACCUCGCACGAUUCCGAAA